GGGGGGCGGCCGCAGCGGCGACGGGCGCGCCGCCGCGGCAGCACCGCAGCCGGCAGCCAGCGGGGCCGCCGCCGCUGCCUCAGCGUCUCGCGCCCGUGGAGGGCGCCGCGAGAUGCAGGCGGAGCUCGCCCAGAGCUGCGGCCACCCGCAGGACGCGCUCGAUCGCUUGCCGCCGAUGGAGACGCAGCUCGCGCUCGAGCCCAUUCCCGCGAUGGCGAAUGCGAUCCUGGGGAACGCGUCCAACAUCAGGAACCCGAUGGCGGGGAAGGCCUGCGCUUUGGUGGCGCAGAAGUUGCGCGUGCUUUGCGCUUCCGACCCGGCUCAACAUCGAGCCCCAGAGCUGGUCACGGCGCUGGCAUGCGUCCAGGUGUUCCUGCAGAUCGCCCUGGCCGCGCGCGACGCGGGGGACAGAGUCGGCCUCCGCAACCAGGAUGCGCGGGCCGCAAUCUACACCAAGAUCGAGCCGAUGCCGGUGCAGGAGCUCACGUUUCUGGCGCGCGGAUGCCGCGUCUCGCAGUGCUGGAAGGACAACCAGGCGAAGAUCACGAUCGCUAUCUGCGAUCCCAGCAUCGAGCAGCGUUUCCUUCGGUGCGCCGGGCAGCUCGGCGCGGAGAUCAAGCCUGGCCCAGCUCCUCGUGGACACCAGGAGCGCCUUUUCCAGCUGGCGCAGGAUCAGCUGUCGUGA